UCGAAGGCACGAUUUCUUUCAGAAAUAUUCUCGAAAUGGGUUACAUUUUUAAUUGCGUCAAGCUAACCAUCACAUUUAAUUAAGGAUCAGUUCGAUUCGAUAGCUCCAGCUUAAGAGGAAGGAGUGUUUUUCCGUGAUUUUGAACCAUUUGAAGACACUUUCCAAUGCGCUCGGUUACUUCCCAUUAUCAGCAGUCGGGAAUUCUUUAAAGCACUAAUUCAUUCCUUUGCACGACUGAUCACACCGGCGGUUUCACAUUUAUUUGACCAUGAAAUUACGCGACAGGCUUGCUUCUGUGAAAACGAGGUGAAGACUUAUACUGUAGCACUUGCGGCCAGGAAAGUUUGAUUUCGUAUGCGUCAAAGCCAGUUGGUGGUGUGAAGAACUCUGAAAGGAUAAUCAAACAGUAAAUUACCGGACUCCUGUGACUUAACACCUCAAACACCAACCACCAGUUCAAUAUCACUGAUCUAAGCGGGAGACGAGAAGCUUUUCAUGAGUUGCAAGUCCCACGCCUGACCUGAACACUGUUAGCUGUCAGUGUAUGCCGGUAAAAGUGAAUCUGAACUCUGAGAGUUCUUUACCUACUGACGAUGAGUUUACUUUUGUUCCGCGUAGACUGAGAUCAGUGUUUCGUACAGAUACUGGACAUUAACCCAACCAAAACAAAGCCUGUUUGAUUUGUGCGCGAAGCCUGGAAGUACCGGCGCUUAAUGCAAACCAGCCCUGGCGAACCAAACACCGUAUGCACCAGUUAUGUCGGACAAUCUGGCCCUUGUCAUCACGUUCGUGUUUUUGUCAGCCCUAAUCAUCGCUGUUAACUUGACAGUUUGUGUUAUUGUUUAUCUACGAAAAAGCAUGCGGACUUAUACCAACGGGUUCGUCGUAUCGCUUGCGUUCAGCGAUCUUUUGAUUGGAAGUGUGUUAAUUCCUGCCGCGCUGGUCUCACCUCAUUCAGUCGAGAUGGGUUACUUGAUUUCUAUCACGCUUUUAUCGGGAGUUUUUAAUCUUGUUUCCGUGACCUUCGAUCGCUACGUCUCUGUUUUGAAAGCACUGCAGUACGAGAAUAUCAUGAGAAGCUACUUUAAAGGAAUACUCGCCGCAAGCUGGUCACUUGCGUUCAUCGUCUCUUUAAUUCCUUUAAUAUGGGGAACGAACACGACCAUGCUUGCGCACAAGGUCUACGUGCUAAGCGAAAUUGGGCUGUGUGUUUUGCUGCCCUACGUGUUAAUUUUUGUAGGCUACGUGCGAAUCUUUUUACAAGUAAAAAGAAGGAUCGAACGCGAGAGAGCCAUCACGGCGUCGGUGAGGAAAAAUUUACAACGGAGGAGCAAGAUUUCUUCCGAAGGAAAACUCGCCCAGGUUUUCAUAAUAGUAGCCGUGAUGUUUGUCAUAAGCUGGCUUCCUGUUCAAUAUAUGACAGUCGUUCAUGAACUAGGACGUCCCGAGCUCAUCCCGAACGAUUUAGUGAUCGUUUCGUUAUUUACGAUCGUGCUCGGCUCGCUCAUAAACCCAGUCGUAUAUUCGUUUCUUAAGCCAGACUUCCGUAAGGCCAUCCGGCAUAUCUUAAAUUACCGAAGAGAUCUCCGCCGGAGACGUUUGAGAGGAAGUUUAUCAACACCGGCCAGUUGCAAAUCGCAAACCACAAAUUCGAGUUGGAAAUCGCGUCCUUCCCAGAAAAACAACACCACUUGUGUUUAGUUAACUCAAAAAUCCUUAGAAGAUCGAUUGCAUAUUUGUAAUAUUCGUUUUAGACAUUGUGCACGAUAUUGGUUGUUAAACAUAAAUUUAAAAUAACAACUUCCUUUCAUUCAGUCAUGUUUUGAUGUCUCUAAGAAAAUCUUAAAGCUCUAGACCAACGGUUAUGGACCUGGGGGUCCUGCAAGAGGAUUAUUUACAGUAUGAAUUCAUGCCCUUAGUCGAAUUAUUUUUUCCUCUAAAAAAUUUUAUAA